AUGUUGAGCAUAAGUGAAGCUCUUGUGGCAGUGGCUGUAUUUCUUCUGAUUACGCAGUUUUUAAAGUUGCAGCGAGUGCGGAGACGGUUUCCUCCUGGGCCAGUCCCUCUCCCGGUCCUUGGGACACUGAUACAGCUGAACUUUCAGUUUAAUCGUGAUCUUCUAAUGCAGCUGGCAAAAAUUCAUGGCAACAUCUUCACCUUAUGGUUUGGAUGGGCCCCAGUGGUUAUACUGAAUGGAUUUCAAGCAGUGAAGGAUGGCAUGACCACGCACCCUGAAGAUGUUUCUGGCAGGCUGGUGUCACCUUUCUUCAGAGCAAUGGCCAAAGGAAAAGGAAUUAUGCUGGCAACUGGUCACACCUGGAAGCAGCAGAGGAGGUUUGCUCUGAGGACUUUACGCAACCUUGGUCUGGGGAAAAGAGGUCUGGAGUACAGAGUGCAAGAAGAAGCUCACUACCUGGUAGACUUCUUUGCAAGUAUGAAAGGCAAACCUGUGAAUCCUGCUUUCCCUCUUGUCCAUUCUGUCUCAAAUGUAAUUUGUGCUGUCGUGUUUGGACAUCGUUUCUCCAGAGAGGAUGAGGCCUUUCAUGAUCUGAUCAAAGCUACAGAACAUCUCUUCAAGUUUGGAGGCAGCUUUAUUCAUCAUCUCUAUGAAAUCUUCCCCUGGCUGAUGAGCCGCCUCCCUGGGCCUCACAAGAAAGCCUUGGCUUGUUACGAUGUCCUGAGCAACUUUACACGGAGAGAGAUCCGAAUGCACACAGAGCGUGGGGCACCAGAGGAGCUGCAGGAUUUCAUUGACUUCUACCUGGAUCACAUUGAAAAAUCCAAAGAUGAACCCAGGUCAACAUACAAUGAAGACAACAUGGUUUAUUCUAUAAACGACCUUUUCUUGGGUGGAUCAGAGACAUCAAGCACCACUUUGAACUGGGGCCUUCUCUAUAUGGUGGCAAACCCAGACAUCCAAGAGAAAGUGCAGAAGGAGCUGGAUGCUGUUCUGGGUCCCUCCAAGGUAAUCUGCUAUGAGGAUCGGAGAGAGCUGCCCUACACAAACGCUGUGAUUCAUGAGAUCCAACGCUUCAGCAACAUUAUUUCAGUGGGCAUGCCCAGAGUUUGUGUGAGGAACACAACCUUGCUUGGCUUUCCCCUCAAAAAGGGCACCAUAGUUCUUCCAAAUAUUGCUUCAUCUUUGUAUGACCCAGAGCAGUGGGAAACACCUCGACAGUUCAACCCUGGUCACUUCUUGGAUAAGGAUGGAAACUUUGUGGCCCAAGAAGCCUUUUUACCAUUCUCCAUAGGGCACCGGGUGUGUUUGGGGGAGCACCUGGCCAGGACCGAGCUGUUCAUUUUCUUUGCCAGCCUGCUGCGGGCGUUCACCUUCUGCCUCCCCGAGGGAGUGACCCAGGUCAGCACGGAGCCCGUCAUGGGGGGCACUCUGCAGCCCCACCCCUACAGGCUCUGUGCCAUCCCACGCUAGGCUGGACAUGUGCAGGGUCACAGA